AUGUCUUCUAAUUUUUUAACAACACUUUCUCAAGAUUUAUCAACCUUAUUGAAUAAAGGUGACUUUUAUGAUACAAUAAUUGAAGUUGGUAAUGAAUCGACCAACAAAAAAACUUUUCAAGCACAUUCAGUUAUACUUUAUGGUAGAAGUGAAUUUUUUAAAGUGGCUUUGUCACAACAAUGGGCACGAAAAAUUGGUGAUAAAUUUUUCAUAAAUUUGCAUGAUAUGAAUUUUUCAUUUGAUACAUUUGAAUUGAUACUCAA